AUGGCCAGUUCCAACGCUUGGGCUGACUACGAGACUUUGCGACAUAACGUGAAGCUCAACACAGUCGAUCGACUGAAGCAGAUCUUGACCGGGUUCAACGACGAGUGUGGCACGAACUUUACCAAGUCGGGUAAAAAGCAAGAGCUCAUUGACCGCAUUACACGCGAGAUGGACACUUGGCGAGAUCACGGCAGCGUGGAGAAAUGGGCGAGAGGGAAGACCAUAUUGAACCAGGUGCGACAAUAUGGGGUUUACAGCCCGUCUAGAAUGAACGCCGAGCAACCAUAUGCCUCUGCCUCGUCCUCGCACCACACAUAUGCACCGCCGGUUGCGUCUAGUCACAGCUACGGCUCUUCGACGAGCGCCAUUCCCCGUUAUGAUCCAUACGCGCCUCCUCGGAGACCUGCAGCGCCCGCUGCUUCGACAUCUGCAGCACCGCCUGGCCCAAGCAAGUACUCCUCUAUAGUCCCACCACAGGUGCAUACUCACGAUGUAUUUCCUUUAGGUAUCCUAUUCAAGCCUUCGCCUUUCUUUCGAGUCGAACGUGCUGUGUCGUCUAUCGUAGAAUGUCCUGAAUCUACAAGCUCGAUGGACAGACGCCAGCAGUCACUCUCCUUCACUAUCAAUAACGACAUACUCUCUAAGCUGAACAGUUCGAGUUCGAAGUAUCAGCUUCGGUUAUACUGCACAUCGUCUACAUUCCACUCCUCGGCUGCUUUCCGAACAUCGACUGGGCCUUGUCCAAUCGAAUUCCCUCCCACUUGUGAAGUGCGCGUCAAUAACACGCCAUUGACGGCAAAUCUCAAAGGAAUGAAGAAGAAACCUGGCACAGCCCCACCACCAGAGCUAGGCAAGAGCCUGCGACUAUCAUCAGGAGCCUCGAACCGGGUAGAGAUGGUCUACGUAAACAGUCAACAACCCGUAUUAUCCAAAAAAUACUACCUCGUUGUCAUGCUAGUUGAGACCACUUCGGUGGACCAACUAAUUGACAGGCUCAAGAAAGGAAAAUACAAAAGCAAGGAAGAGAUUCUCGGAAAGAUGAUCCAGGCUGCAUCCAUCGACGACGAUAUUGUUGCGGGACACCAGAAAAUGUCCUUAAAGUGCCCUCUCAGCUAUAUGCGCAUUAGCACGCCUUGUCGAUCCGCAUUGUGCGUCCAUUCGCAAUGCUUUGACGCAUUGUCGUGGUUCUCGGUGAUGGAACAGACCACUACUUGGCUCUGUCCCGUUUGCGAGAAAAUGCUGAAUGUGGAGGAUCUCAUAGUGGACGGAUACUUCGACGAGAUCCUGAAGUCGACUUCUGAGGACGUUGAGGAUGUAAUUGUGGAGGCUGAUGGUCAAUGGCAUACCGAAGACAACAAGUUUGCUUCGGCAGAGUGGAAGAUGUCACAUCCGUUCAUUAAGCCUUCAGUCCCCGCCACUCCCGCUCCUGCUGCUCCCGUCAAACAACGCUCACCUUCGCCUGCCAAACCCUCCGUAAACAGUACCAAUGGACACCCACGGCCGAGUAAUGCUGAGAUUGUCAUCCUGGAUUCGGACGAUGAGGACGAGGGGAGAGUAAAGAGGGAGUUAUCGUGGUCCUACGAGACGGGCUCUGUGUCUUCUCGGGGGACUGCGACACAGCCACCACGAAGCCAGACAGCUGUGUCUGACGUGAUUGACCUCACUCUGGACUCGGAGGACGAGGCCCCACCACGCUCGACAAAGAAGAGGAAGGCAGUUGACAAUGAUAUCCCCUCGCCUACCGAGCAGAUCUGGAAGAAGUCUCGC